UUUGCACUUUGGGGUCUGAACUCUGAACCGAGACGCUGCUCUUUCUAACUUUCCUUUCCCGAUCUCCGGCCAUACCCCAUGCCGCACGCAGAUUAGGGAAUCGAACUUGUGAAUGGAACUGAGUUGAUUUUCUAAGAUGGAAAAGGAAAAUAAGGUGAAGGACACUGCAAGUGAUGACGAUGAUUGUUGGUGGUGGUUGGUUCAGAAAGGAACAACAGCUGUAUUCAUCACUGUUGGGUUGUUUGCAUUGUUGGUCCGUGUGGCUGUGUCACUGCACCCUUACUCCGGCGCUGGCAACCCUCCGAAAUUUGGGGACUAUGAGGCUCAGAGACAUUGGAUGGAGAUCACCAUUAACCUUCCAAUUAAGGAAUGGUAUAGGAACAGCUCCAACAAUGAUUUGAGAUAUUGGGGACUUGACUACCCGCCUCUGACUGCGUACCAGAGUUUCAUCCAUGGGCUUUUUCUUAAAUUCUUCCACCCUGACUCCGUUGCUCCUUUCGCUUCCAGAGGUCAUGAGUCCUAUCUUGGAAAACUACUCAUGAGGUGGACAGUGUUAUCAUCUGAUGCCCUGAUAUUCUUUCCAGCUGCCCUGUACUUUAUUAUUGUUUAUUACAAUCAAUCUUCAAGGACCCGUAAAAGUGAAUUAGCAUGGCAUACUGCUGUGCUAUUGUUAAGCCCAUGUUUGAUCUUAAUUGAUCAUGGCCAUUUUCAGUACAACUGCAUCAGCUUGGGCUUUACCAUUGGUGCUGUUGCUGCUAUCCUCUCUGGGAAUGAUCUUGUGGCUUCUGUUCUUUAUUGUCUAGCUCUAAAUCAUAAACAGAUGAGUGCAUAUUUUGCACCUUCUUUUUUCAGCCAUCUCCUUGGCAAAUGCUUGAGACGUAAAUAUCCAAUCCUUGAGGUGUCAAAACUGGGGUUGUUGGUUUUAGGAACAUUUGCAGCCGUGUGGUGGCCUUAUCUUUAUUCAACACAAUCCAUUUUGGAGGUCCUCUCCCGUCUUGCUCCAUUUGAAAGGGGAAUAUUUGAGGAUUAUGUGGCCAACUUUUGGUGUGCCUCUUCAAUUCUCAUCAAGUGGAAGAGAUUAUUUACAACAGAGUCUCUGAAGCUUCUCAGCCUCACUGCAACAGUUAUAACCUGUCUUCCUUCAAUGGUUCAACAAAUAAAGUCUCCUAGCAAAAGAGGUUUCCUUUAUGCGCUGCUGAACAGUUCUUUCUCAUUUUACUUGUUUUCUUUUCAAGUGCAUGAGAAGUCUAUUUUGCUGCCACUUCUUCCAGCAACCCUGCUGGCUGUUGAAGAGCCUUUUAUUUUUAGGUGGUUCACGCAAUUUGCCAUGCUCUCCAUGUUUCCUCUGAUAUGUCGCGACAACUUGGUUGUUCCAUAUUUGGCUUUACUUGCUCUCUUUGUCCUGAUAAUGAAUGCACCUGGCCAACACCGAGUUAGAGAGAGUAAUUAUUUGGGCUCGGCAACCAUGUUCCUUAUUUUAUGUUGCUAUUUUGUUCUUCACAUAGUUUACUUGACCAUGCAUCCUCCUGAGAAGUAUCCUUUCCUUUUUGAAGCAAUAAUUAUGAAUCUGUGCUUCUCUCAGUUUGUUCUUGUAACUCUUGGCUGCAAUAUAAAGCAGUGGCUGUUAAAUAGACCUGCCAAAUUAGAAGAAACAGAAAAGAAGCAAAUUUGACAUUGGUUUCACUUUUUUAAAGUUGGAUGGGUUGUUCUUGUUUGACAGUUGGAAGCGGAUGUGACAUUUUUUAUGCAUUUGAGCGAUGAUUUAUAGAAAGGGAAUUGAUUGAGAGCUUGAGCUGCAUUGACCUCAACUGUAAUGAUUUUAUAAUCUUUAGUCUUUAGUGUUCGCUGCUCUCGUUGGUUGAUUGUUCUAUUUCCGUCACCAAAUUUACUUGGAUUUAGAUUUUAUUGGUGCUACAGAAAAACCUUUUAUAUGUAUAUCGCUCUGCCAUUAUCUAUUGAUAAGCAUGCACAAUUAAGCUACA